UUCGUGUCGCCGCUCUUCGGUCCACCGAGGUCUCAGUGUAAUAUCGGAACUGACAAAGGCACUGUUCCCUUAUCCUCGUCCAAGAGUUGGUGUACCGGCUAGUACGAACGCAUCUGCCAUCUGGCGCCCGUCCCACGGUCCACCUCGUUUCUCCGACCCCUUCUCCUCCUCUCCUGUAUUACAUCGCACCUGCAACUCAGACCUUCAAAUCGCCAAGUCUUCUCACAAAUCUCACAAAGCUCUAUGCCCCAUGCGACAAUGGGGAUAACGUUGCCCACCGAAAUCAACAUCAUCACUCUCAACUGCUGGGGCCUCAAGUUCAUCUCAAAGCUCCGCGAUGAACGUCUCACCGAGAUCGGCCGUCGCAUCGCCUCUGCCGCCCCUAGGCCUCACAUAGUCGCCCUCCAAGAGUGCUUCACCCAGGAGGACUACGAGACCGUCCGUCGCGAAACCCGCAGUAUCCUCCCUUAUGGGAAGUUCUACUUCAGCGGGCCCUUCGGCGGCGGCCUCGCCAUCCUCUCGCACUGGCCCAUCGAGGAGAGCACCAUGCUCCGCUACCCCCUCAAUGGCCGUCCUACCGCUUUCUGGCGCGGCGACUGGUACGUUGGCAAAGGCAUCGCUUGCGCAAAGAUUCGAUAUGGUCCCGGCCCCAAGGACAUAAUCGAGGUCUUCAACACUCAUACCCAUGCACCCUACGAAGACUCAUACCUCUGUCACCGCCUCGCUCAGUCCUGGGAAAUGUCCAAACUCCUCCGAGGCGCCACCGAGCGCGGCCAUCUCGUGCUUGGCCUGGGCGACUUCAAUAUGCGACCGGCCUCCUUGCCCCACCGCCUGAUCACCGCCCACGCCACCCUCGUUCGCGACGCCUGGCGCCUCCUCCACCCGGACAGUUCCCUCGGCACCCCGGACGACCCCCUCGAACGAGCUCGCCGCCGGCCCGUCCCCACCGCCGACUUCAACCUUCUCGAAAACGGCGCCACCUCCGACAGCGUCUACUGCACUUGGCGCUGGUCCGCCGACCAGCAGCGCCGCCUCUCCUCCAAGAAGAAGUCCGGCUCUGAUCCUUACGCCGUCCCGCCUCACGCCCUGGACCCCAAGGGCAAGCGUCUCGAUUACGUAUUCGUCGCCGACGGCCAGCGCGCAACCUCGCCCUCCCGCAGGCACGGAAAUGCCCGGGACGGUGCCUCGACGAGGACCGGCUGGGUCGUCAAGUCCGCCAAAGUCGGCAUGGUUGAGCCUCAUCCCCGUCUCGGCUGCUCCCUGAGCGACCACUUCUCCGUCGAAGUGACCAUCGCCUACCACACCUCGUCCAACCAACGACGUUCGCCUCAAACACGAGACGACCCUCCGACAAGGCCGCAAGCCGGGACAGGGACAACCAAAGUAGCCCACGGUACAGCCGCCAUCGACAACGUAACCUCAUACCUCCAGAGCCCCACGGCAAGCGAAACGGGCUCGCAAUCCGACCACCCGCCAACUCACGACCGAGACGCCUCACAGUCCGAAAACAACAACCCGCGCUCCUCUCACCGCCACGCAGUCCAACGCCGCCCACCCCAACAAUCCCGUCCCCUCUCCGCCCCCCUAACCCCCGCCCCGGAACUCGCCAGCGAGUCGGACCUCGACCUCCAACUAGACCCCACCCACUACCCAGCCCACCAAGACAACGCCCCGCUCCCCAGCAGCGCCUACGACGACGUCCUGUCCACCAUCCGCGCCUACGUCCGCCGCGAGCAAUCCCAGCGCCGCCUCCGCGCCGCGCACUUCUUCGUCUGGUUCGCCCUCUGGCUCGCUUCCCUCGCCGGCAUCUGGUUCGUGCCGUCCCGGCUCAGGUUCUUCAACUUCCUGCUCCUCCUAUUGGGCUCCCUUGGCCUCGUCGCCGGCGUCGUCGACGGCCUGAUGGCCCUGCUCUUCUUCGGCUCUGAGCUGCGUGCCCUGCGCGAGUUCGAAUGGGAGAUCCUAAACGCCAAGGCUUCCGCCGCCGGGGGCGCAGGGCCCGGAGUCGUCGGCGAGGACGGGAAGGUGCAGUGGGAAAGAGGCUGGUGAAGUGUGGGAGUGGAAUCAGUCAGUCGAUCACGAUGGAUUGUGAGUAUGGUAGGAAACAUAAACAUAUCAAACCUUACCACUGUCCUGUCUCACCCAUGAAAACCCAGAAAACCCACACGACGCAUUUGAUAGGGAGAAAUAGUUGACGUGUGAAGGAGGAAGGAUAUAGCCUAAUGCUACUAAUUACAACAAGACAACAAAGAAAGCAAGACAUCGCACACCAU